AUGUACAUAAUAACAGCAUUGCUGAUAUGCGCUCUGGUAGAAAACAGCGCAGAGGCAAAACGAAGCUUCCAUCACAUGCUUGGUAAGCGAACCCACGGGAUCAACGCACGGGGUUACACCCACGUCUUUGGUAAGCGAGGACGUGGUGCCGAACUAAGCAAGUAUGACCCAUACAGAGAUACAAAUGAUCUCAAUAUGGACGAACUAGAUACAUUAGAAAGUAAGGAUGAUGAAAAGGGAUUUGAUGAUCAACUACAAGACUCACUGCCCCUUCCUAUAAACUGGCUCGAACAAAAGGAUAAUCGCAACGUCCCUUCUGACAGCGAUUCUGCCCUGCCCCUUGCUAUAAACUGGCCCGAACAAAAAGAUACUCGCUAUGUCCCUUCCGAUAGCGAUUCUUCCGAGUCUGAGGGCCUCGAUGUAUAUGACAAGACACCAUGGUCACCAAAGAGCGAUCACCGAUAUGCGUACCCCAGGGAAGGUUCUGAUUUGGUUGACACCAACACGAAAAUCCUUGAAGAACUUCUACGGUCAUCGUCAGCCGAUGAACGAUCCAAGCUGUUUGACCGCAUCAACGAACUCAGUCGUUCUUCCGCUCACAAAUGGAAGUGACGUUACCUUGGAAACGCGUUCCACCAAUGAGCAGCAGUGUGUAACGCAAAUGAA